AUGUCGUCCUCUUCCAUCCUUUGUUUAUCUCUUUUUUUCCUCUUCUUCUUCUUCUUCUUCUUCUCAUUCCCCUCCUCCUCUCGCCUCCUCUCGGCCGCAAUGACCCAUGCGAUUCAGCCACCACAUCCAUCAGCAUCAUCAUCAUCAUUAUCAAAUGGGGCGUGCUUCCCCAUGCUAUCCCCUUGUGAGGGGAGAGGAGAAGCGAGGAGGAGCUCAAGGAGAAACCCUUCCCCCGUCCGGAACCCCGCGCACGGCCGAAACUUCCGACGCCGGCGACUCCUAACCCCCCCGACGGCAACACUUUCUCGGACAAGGCAGGGUGGUGGUGGUAUUUUUUUUCUUCUUCUUUUUUCUAAUUGGUAUUUCUGCUCCUGUCCAUUCAUUGCGUGUGUGUCAAUGAUGUGGCCAGACAAGCGUCAGAGGGUGAGACUGACUGCUUGCAGACACAAUGAUGGACUCACUCCAGCGCAAGCGUUUGUUAUUUUCGGUAUAGUACAGCCAUUUGCUAGCAAGCAAUCUUCCGGCUUCAAUUUUCCCGUCCGAUUUGUUUGGCAACUAGGUACCAAGCAGUUGGAUCUGUCUACACUCCCAGUAUCGUCCAAGUUACAUGCGGAUACAGAGUACUAG